GAGCAAUCGAACACAGAACAACAUAAACAGAUCUCUCUCGCUCUCUUUCUUUCAAGAUUUAAAUGGUUUUGUGUGGUUUGUUUGGUGCUCAGACGGAUCAAAUAAACACAUUAAUAUCAGUGACGGAGGGACAUUCUGUCACUCUACACAUUAAUAUUACUGAACUACACACAGAUGAAGAUGUUGAGUGGACAUUUGGUGUUCAGAGUCCAGAUGAGAUUAUAGCUACAAUCUACAAAGACAAUAUGACGUCAUCAUCUAUUAAUGAGAGAUUGAAGAAUCAUGUAGAGAUAGAUGCUCAGACUGGAUCUCUCAUCAUCACAAACAUCACAACUCAACACACUGGACUUUAUCAAGUGACCAUCACCAACGCAAAGCUAGUUAACUUCAUUUACAGAGUUAUCGUCCAUGCUCGUCUGCCUGUUCCCGUCAUCUCCAGAGACUCUUCUCAAUGUUCUUCAUCAUCUUCAUCAUCAUGUUGUUGUGUGUUGUGUUCAGUGGUGAAUGUGUCACAUGAUGUGAGCGUCUCCUGGUACAAAGGAAAGAGUUUAUUGUCCAGCAUCAGUGUGUCUGAUCUCAACAUCAGACUCUCUCUACCUCUGGAGGUGGAAUAUCAGGACACAAACACAUACAGAUGUGUGGUCAACAAUCCCAUCACAAACCACACACAACAUCUACACAUCACUCAACUCUGUCACACGUCUGCAGUUGGUGUCCUCCGUUGUGGUUUUACCGAAGCUGUAAUUCGAUUGGUCGUCUCUGCUGUAGUGGGCGUGGCUACUGUUGCUGUUCUGGUUUAUGACAUCAGAUCCAGAAGAGAAUCACCAUCGACCUCUGAUGAAUCAGAAUGUAAAUAAAUCUCUUGAAUUUUUUUAACUUUUUGCUCUUUUGUCAAGUAUAUUUGUCAUUUAAAGGCUCCAUAUUUUUGGAGGAUGUAUAUUGACAGAAAUGCAAUAUUAUAAACAUGACUAUGUGUUCAGAGCUGUACAUUCUGUUUUUAUUAUCUUAGAAUGAUCUAUUUCUAUCUACAUACACCGCUGGUCUUCUUACAUUUCAUUCAUCAUGUUGUUUCUACAGAAGCCCUAAACAGACAAACUGCUCUACAGAACGCGUUUCAUAAAUACGUUAUCUCCUUCGGCAAAGAAGUGAAAACCGGACGACAUCGUAGUUCUGUGUCAGCCACUGGCCGCUGGUUGCAAUUCACAACCUCACCGCUAGAUGCCGCUAAAUGUCAUACACUGGACCUUUAAGUUUAAACUUUUUCUUCAUUAAAUAACUAGACUUUUUCCUUAUCGUCCUAUGGAGUUUAAACAAAGUUGCAUCACUUAUCUUUUGUUUGGCACAUGUAAUGUGUUUUUUUAUCACUUAGAAAUAAACAUUACAAUAUGAUGUUCUGUAAAGCUUCUUUGAAAUGAUUUCUCUUGUUAUAAUAAAAAUUGC